AUGUCUUCGGGCUAUGUUCAUUUCAAUCAAACUUUCCUUGAUUUUAAAUUUUCAUGGAAUUUCACGUUCCCUCUCGUAAUUGUUCCAUGGAUUUAUAUGACUCCAAGUCUUGCAGUAAUCUGUAAAAUAUUCAAUGUAUACUGGAAAACUAGUUCAAUGAAGAUAGACUAUGACAUAAAUCGACAUGUCUUUCUAAUAGUUUCUCUGUCACAGUUCACUUGUUUCUUGACAUUUUUUUCGAUUUUCUCAUGACAAGACUUCCUGCGACUGGAAUUUUUACUUCGUAUUGUGCAAGUAUUUCUUCGAAUCAUUGGCUUAAAGUCAUCCUAUUUCUUGCACUUUACACCAAUUACCUAUCUCUAGCAUUUCCUAUAAUAUUACCUCUUAUUCGACUCGUGGUUGUAAUGUUUCCAAAAUCUCAUAAAAAGAUCAAUUCAAAGUUAAUUCGUGUAAUUGUUCCACUAAUUUUGUUCUAUCCAAUUUGUUUCACAUUCUAUCUAAUUCCUGCCCUUGGAGUCUGUAAACCAUUUGAAUAUCCAUAUCCAUUUGGAGCAGUAUGGAUAUAUUACACAAAUUCUGCUUUUGGGCUUCGUAACUCGUUCUUUAAUUUGUACAGUAUAAUAUUUUGGCUUGUUGCUUCUGUUAUUGUCAACUUAUUUCUUUUUGUGAAAGUUAGACAAGCUAAAACACAAUUGGUCCAAAUUCCAACUCAAUCUUAUAAGGCCGAAUUUUCAAUAACUGUAACUACCCUGGCAGUUAUUAUAUUUUAUAUUCUCAAUGGAUGUUUUGUGUUAGUCUACAUGUUUUCAUAUGGAUCAUAUUCUUUCACAUCGUACACAGUCAUAAUAAGACCAUUUGGAAAUGAUAUGCAGACGUGUGUUAUCUCAUGGGUUUUCUAUCUAACUCAUCCGGUCUUCAAGCGAAAAACAAUUCAUCCAGUGUCAACAAUUGAAAUUGUGAAUUCGAGCACUAAUUGAAA